AUGCGGGGCGAACGCUCUACCUCUAAACUAGAAAAAACAACACAUAGUUUGAGAAGUGGUUUUGAGGAAACGAACAAGUUGAUCAGCGAUCUCCAAGACAAAAAUGAUAGUUUAGAGUUCGGCAUGGGAAAACUUGAGGAGUCGUUGAGGGCCAUGGAGCUGGGGAACAAAAGAUUAAAGGAUGACAUGGUGGACUUAAAAUUUAGAUCGAUGAGAGAUAAUUUGCUAUUUUCGAACACCCCGGAAAGGCAGAAAGAAACUCCAGUUGAAACUGAGCGUGUUCUUCCAGACUUCUUGAGAGAGAACCUAAUAAUGGAUGCAGUGCAAGUGGGAAGUCUGAAGUUUGAUCGCGUACAUAGAACCGCCGGGUCGCGUACACCACGAGUUAUAGUCGCACAAUUCAAUGAGUUCCAGAAGAGACAACUAGUGAAGGAGAUGGCUAAGAACCUUCGUGGCACAAACUUCUAUAUCAACGAACAGUACACUCCAAAAAUUGUGGCCGAACGCAAAGAACUGACCAGGAUAAUUAAGAAAAAACGCGAGGAGGAUAACGAAGUAAGACUUGUUUACAACAAGCUGUACAUCAACAACCGUCUUUACCGACCCAGCGCGAGUGACCGGCCUUCGGUAUAG